AUGAAAGCCAAAGGGAACCCGCCCAGCAUUUUCCCGACAAGGGUGGCCCGGGGCGCUGCGGGAGCCCGGGGAGCUGCGGGAGCCUGCGCCGUGCGAUCGGUGGAGCGGGGAGGAGCUGGGGAAGAGCCGAUCGGCCGCCCCCGCCCUCGCCUCCGCCUCCGCCCGGCGCCAGCGCGUAACAGAGCUGCGAGCCCGCCUGCAAAGGGCGUGUCUCCACCGGGCAGCGCGCCGGCCCGGGCACGCGCUGCGCCGGGCAGAAGAUCCCACCGCGGACGCCCCCGAAAGAGCAAGAGCACGAGGCCCUGCGAGGAUGGCGCUGACGGCAGCCCCGCCAGGCGGCGCCCCGCAGCCGAGCCACACGGCGCCACCCCCGCCCCGGUGGCCGCCGCCGCCGGCCCCGCCCUGGCGGCCCCGCCGGCCAAGAAGCAGCCAGCGCGCAGGCGCGCCCCAGGGCCGGCCGGUGGGCGUGGCCUCGGGCCGGAAGUGCCCUUCGCGACCAACCCCGCCGGCCGGAACCGCCUGGAGUCCCUGCCUCCGGACGGAACCUCGCGUUGCUCGGCGACCGGUGCGGGCGCCGCAGACUCGCUCCGCGCGGCCCCGAGCAAGCCUGGAGUAGCGGCUCGCUGCUGCGCGGGCCGCCUCGCGUCGCGCCCGCUUCCCCGAGAGCCUCGUCCCCGCGCGUCGCGGCACCCCUGCCCCUGGCACUAUUUACGCGUCUCCGGCUCCCACGACUCCUUAGCCCCCGCCUGCCUCAGAGCCCACCUCCACCGACGGGGAGGUGGUUCGACCCCCGACAUGGCGUCGGCGAUGACAGACCGCAAUCCCCGGGCGGCCGAGGCCUCCGGCACCUACACCUACACCAGCAGGCCCCGGGCCGUGCCCUGCCAGCGCCGCCGCUACCGGGAGAGCCUGUUGCAGCCAGCUGAAGAACCUAUGAGUUAUGGAAACAUAAUGUAUGACAGAAGGGUGAUCCGAGGUAACACCUAUGCACUACCCACGGGACAGGUGCCCGGACAGCCUGAUCCUCUGGAGCUUCAGCGACAGCAGCAAGCCAGGAGGAGGGCUCUUGCCAGAAAACGAGCCCAAGAGCAGCUCAGACCACGGACACCUGAGCCCGUGGAGGGCAGAAAGCAUGUGGAUGUACAGACAGAAUUAUACCUUGAAGAAAUUGCUGACCGCAUAGUUGAAGUGGACAUGGAAUGCCAGACAGAUGCAUUUCUGGACAGACCACCAACACCUCUCUUCAUUCCUGCCAAAACUGGCAAAGACGUGGCCACUCAGAUACUGGAAGGAGAGCUCUUUGACUUUGACCUUGAAGUCAAACCAAUGUUACAAGUUCUGGUGGGGAAGACGAUUGAGCAGGCCCUUCUGGAAGUGAUGGAAGAGGAGGAGCUGGCCAACCUGCGGGCCAAUCAGUACGCGUAUGAAGAAAUACGGAACGUUGAACUGGCUGAAGUGCAGAGACUAGAAGAGCAAGAGAGACGGCACCGAGAAGAAAAGGAACGCCGCAAGAAACAGCAGUGGGAAAUCAUACAUAAGCACAAUGAGACAUCACAGAAGAUCUCGGCGCGUGCGUUUGCGCAGCGGUACCUGGCUGACCUUCUGCCUUCUGUCUUUGACAGUCUCAGGAGCAGUGGCUACUUUUACGAUCCAAUUGAAAGAGACAUUGAGAUAGGAUUCCUUCCAUGGCUGAUGAAUGAAGUUGAAAAAACCAUGGAACACUGCAUGGUGGGAAGAACUGUGCUUGACAUGUUGAUCCGUGAAGUGGUUGAAAGAAGGCUGGACAAUUAUGAGCACAAGGAAGGCACACAGCCCUCUCUGAGGUCGGAUGAUGUGUUUAGUGGUCCCGACACAGUGACAGAUCCCUUGGUGAGUCUAGAAUUACAGGAGCCAACCAUAUCCCAAACCCAGAAGCCACUUUUAGACAGAGACUCCACACCGAGAGUACCAUCCCAAGAAAGGAAGCCCGUGGAAGAGGGGGAGCCCGUUUGGGAGAAUGACCCAGCAGACCUGAAGGAGUCUGAAGGGGAGGAUCUGUUGCAACCAGAAGGAUCAUGGGAGCCAGAAAGCCAAUCAGCACCUGGUCAGUAGCAAUAUAGUCAGGUACUGGUGCGUGUGACCCCAGACUUUAGAAAUUAUGGGAUAUUUAUCCACCAAACCUUUGU